GUAUUAAAGUCACAGCUUGCAACUGUACAGGUACACAAAAAUGAAGCUAGUAAAUUAGGGUUUUCAGAAAAUCACAAUCUCUCAAUCAAUCACAUUCGCAGAAAUGAAGCUCUCUGUCAAGAUUUUAAAAGGUGGCGAAUUCGAUAUCAGGGCUCAACCUACUGAUACUAUUAUGGCUGUCAAGAAAAUAAUAGAAGACAUACAAGGGAAAGACAAAUAUCCUUGUGGACAACAAAUACUGAUUUACAAGGGUAAGGUCUUAAAAGAUGAGAGCUCGAUAGCUGAGAUUAAAAUCUGUGAGGAUGGAUUUCUUGUUCUCAUGCUGAGCAAGCUUACAUCGGCACCAGGACCAGCACCCAGUGCAAAUACUAGUCCAGCAGUGGAAGCUCCUUCAUCUACUGCUCCUGUCACAUAUGGCCAAGCUACUUCAAAUGUAGUUACUGACCCUGAUUUAGAGCAAACAACUCAACAUAUAAUGGAUAUAGGUGGAGGCAUGUGGGAUAAGGAAACCGUUACCCGUGCUCUUCGAGCUGCUUAUAACAAUCCAGAGAGAGCUGUGGACUAUCUGUAUUCUGGCAUCCCCGAAACAGCUGAAACUGAUUUUUCAAGCAUUCAUUUGCCUUCGGUUACAACAGGAGCUUCACCAAUUUCUACAUCACCUAAUAUAUCUCCAUUAAAUAUGUUCCCUCAGGGAAAUCUGUCAGGUGCAACUGGAGGUGGGCUUGGGUUACUUAGUUUCCUUAGAAAUAACCAGCAGUUCCAAGCUCUACGUUCAAUGGUGCAUACAAAUCCUGAAAUGUUAGAGCCCAUGCUUGAGGAGUUAGGGAAGCAAAACCCUCAAAUUCUAAGACAGAUCCAGGAGAAUCAUACAGAGUUUCUUGAUUUAGUUAAUGAACCCGUCAACAGUUCUGAAGGGAAUUUAUUUGAUCAGCCUGAGGACACGCCCCUUGCAAUUAGUGUAACUCCAGCUGAGCAGGAGGCCAUUGAACGACUUGAAGCGAUGGGGUUUGAUAGAGCCCUUGUCGUUGAAGCCUUCUUGGCUUGUGAGCGCAAUGAGGAAUUGACAAUCAACUACCUAUUGGAGCAUUCCGGAGAUUAUGAGGAUUAAUUGGAAAUUUCAACCUUUAAAUUACAGGUCAAUGGAUCUGUAAAAGAAAAUAUUUAGUAUUCUAUUAUUAAUGCAUAAGCAAAUGAGCAUUAUUAUUCUGUUUUAAAUUGGGAGAUAGUUUUCCUCUUUCUACACAUGCCACAUGCAGGACUCUUAUACUUAUAUUUAUUUUGCUCAAGGUGAAGAAUAUUGCUGACUUA